UUUGGCUAAGCAUGAUGUGGCUCAAAUCUCAUUAAAUGCAUAAAAGCAUGACUGGGUGCAUAGAAGACUAUUUGAAAGGACAUAGUCAACAGUACAAGCAAAGUGAGGUAGCUCUGGGAACAAGAGGGCCUGAGUUGAAUAUUUAGCAGUCCUAGCUUUUAACGCUUUUUUACGCGGUUUAUUUUUCCAAACAUUUUUUUUUCUUCUACCCCCUCAUUGAAGUAAACAUUAGGCAAAAAUGAAGUUGGUUAGAUUUUUAAUGAAGUUAAAUAACGAGACAGUUUCUGUCGAAAUGAAGAAUGGUACAGUUGUUCACGGUACCAUUACUGGUGUCGAUAUGAGCAUGAACACACAUUUAAAAACUGUCAAGAUGACUGUCAAAAAUAGAGAUCCUGUUAGUUUGGACACCUUGAGUAUUCGUGGUAACACUAUUCGUUGUGUUAUUUUGCCAGACAGUCUGCCGUUAGAUACACUCUUGAUUGACGAUUCACCUAAAUCCAAGAAGAAGGCUGAUGAUGGUGAAGGUGCUGGACGUGGACGUGGUAGAGGUAUGGCACGUGGAAGAGGUGGACGUGGUGGAGCAAGAGGAAGAGGUGGACGUUAAGAGACAACAUAUACACACACGCACACAACUCACAAACACACACUUACACACAAAUCACUCUCAGUCACUCUCCAUACACGUAAAAUAAAAAUAAAAAUAAAACACUUUUUUUUUUUUAGAAAACCAGCUAAAAAAAAAAUCAUUUAUUAUUGUGAUGUCCUUGAAUGCGUUCGUGUCUUCUCAAUGCGUCUAAUCGAGUAAAUUUUUUACCACAGUCUUGACAAUAACAGAGUGGACGAUUUUUUAAAUGAAUUGUCU